GAGGUUGAGGAGGAGAGAUGAGCGCGAAGGGGGGAUCGACGCCGUCGCUGGCGACCGGGCGGUUGUUCACGAUCGGGCUGGUGACGGCGUGGUAUUCGUCGAACAUCGGGGUGCUACUUUUGAACAAAUACCUUCUGAGCAACUACGGGUUCAAGUACCCGAUCUUCCUCACCAUGUGCCACAUGACGGCCUGCUCCCUCCUCAGCUACCUCGCCAUCGCCUGGCUCAAGCUCGUCCCCCUCCAGGCCGUCAGAUCCCGCGUCCAGUUCUUGAAGAUCUCCGCGCUCAGUCUCGUCUUCUGUGGCUCCGUCGUCAGCGGCAACAUCUCCCUUCGCUUUCUCCCCGUUUCCUUCAAUCAGGCCGUCGGCGCCACCACGCCCUUCUUCACGGCGGUCUUCGCUUACAUUAUGACCGUUCGCCGGGAGGCCUGGAUCACUUACCUCACUCUUGUUCCGGUCGUCACCGGCGUCAUCAUCGCUAGCGGGGGAGAGCCAAGUUUUCAUUUGUUUGGGUUUAUUAUGUGCAUUGGUGCAACUGCUGCAAGGGCACUUAAAUCAGUUCUGCAGGGGAUUUUGUUGUCCUCUGAAGGGGAAAAGCUUAAUUCUAUGAAUCUCCUCCUGUAUAUGGCUCCAAUAGCAGUAGUUUUCCUGCUUCCAGCAACAAUUUUCAUGGAGGAAAAUGUGGUUGGUAUCUUAUUAGCGCUUGCCAGAAAAGAUUUGAAAAUUAUUUGGUAUCUGCUGUUUAACUCUGCCCUGGCGUAUUUUGUGAAUUUGACUAAUUUCUUGGUCACCAAACAUACCAGUGCCUUGACUCUCCAGGUUCUGGGAAAUGCCAAAGGUGCUGUUGCAGUGGUAGUCUCAAUUUUAAUAUUUAGGAACCCGGUAUCUGUGACAGGGAUGCUUGGUUAUACCCUCACAGUCAUUGGUGUCAUUCUUUACAGUGAAUCUAAGAAACGGAACAAAUGAGAAUUCCAGGAACGCAGAGAAUGUUCUUUUUAUUUUUCCAUUGGGGCAACAACUUCCAGAUGCCUGAGAUUGGUUGGCGUGCUUUUAUUAUUUUUUCAUGUGUUGCACCGUAUUCUUUUGCCAGAAGCUGCACGAUGGUUUCUGUGUAUACCGCGUUGACCGACUAGCGAGUAGGUGAAAUGGAUCUCAAUAAAAAGCACUGAUAGGCCUUUAAUUUUGUUAUUCAGGGUUCAUGGUGUAUUCACCACCUGCAUCUAUGGAGAUUCCAGUCUGUGAUUUUCUCAGAGAAAUGGGAUCCGCUCAAUGAGCGUUUAGCUCCCUUUGAUUAAUUGAUAAAAUAUGUUUCACAUAAUUUCUUAUUUUAUUUACAGAUGCUUCUUAUUCUGACAGAUGAUGUAUGCUGACGAUUCUGUUAAGCAUGUGCUUGAAUACCUUUGUUACAAAAAUAUAAUAGAGACAACUGAGAUUUCUU